CCUUUCGUUUAAUUAUGCCUGCAUAAAAUGGAUGAAAUUAAAUAUUAAUAACAUCUUUUAAUAUAUGUUUCUCUUUAAUUUUCAGUUAAAUUUUGAUAAUAAUCUCAAACAUUUGUUAUGCUAUCAAUAAUGUCUUCUAAUCGUAAACAAAUAGAAAUAAACCUGUGAUAUCUGUCUAACAUCGAGUCUCGCUAGAAAGGCAAAAAUUGAAUCAUUUUUAGUGACGAUAAGCCAGAAAGUGUUCAAACUUAAACAUCGCAGGAAAAGGGUAGAAAUGAAUACGAGGAAUUUUACCAAUGUUGAGAUACUGUGGAAACCAACCGAAGAAUCCGCACAAGAAACGAAAAAUUUUAUGAAAUUAAUAGAGUCUAAGUAUAAUACUAAAUUAGAUGACUACUGGGAUUUGCAGAAAUGGUCCAUUGAACAUAUCUCAGAGUUCUGGAGUGAAUUUUGGCAUGUCAGUGGAAUUAUAUGCUCUAAAAUAUUCGAUAAGGUUGUUGAUAUGAAUGUACCUAUGGAAGAUUUGCCUCCUUGGUUCGAAGGGGCUCGACUCAAUUUUGCGGAGAACCUGCUUAAAUACCGAGAUAAUCACACAGCACUCAUUUCAGCAAGUAAGAUAAUUUAA